AUCAAAUUCUUGACAUGCAGCCCCAAUUUAUAAGAAGUUUCUCAACGAUUUGAAGUUAGAUUCAAUACAGAAUUCAGUUUUCUAAGUUCAAAAUUUCGAGGAUUUCACGAAAAUUCUGCAGAGUAAUGGGUGAUGAAAGAUCACCUAAUAUCAGAGAUAGAGAUCGAGAGCUGCUUCUACCGAUUGCCAACACCCCUGAUGACGAACAACUUUCUCCAAAACCCUUAUCCUCUGCAAUUUCCUUCUCUCAACACGCCGGCCGUGAGACUUUCUCGAAAGUUCUUAGGAGUUGGGCUUCUAAAAAGUUCAUGACCGGAUGUGUCAUCCUAUUACCAUUAGCUAUUACUUUCUACAUAACAUGGUGGUUUAUACAUUUUGUGGAUGGUUUUUUCUCUCCUAUCUAUGCUCAACUCGGCAUAAAUAUAUUUGGCCUUGGGUUUGUAACUUCUGUGACGGUCAUAUUUGUGGUCGGGAUCUUCAUGUCAUCAUGGUUGGGUGCAUCUGUUUUGAGCCUUGGAGAAUGGUUCAUCAAACGCAUGCCAUUUGUUCGUCAUAUCUAUGAUGCUUCCAAGCAGAUUAGCUCUGCCAUAUCUCCAGAUCAAAAAACUCAAGCCUUUAAGGAAGUUGCCAUUAUCAAGCAUCCUCGUGUUGGUGAAUAUGCAUUUGGGUUCAUCACUUCAUCUGUCGUUCUCCAGAGUUAUUCAGGGGAGGAAGAGCUAUAUUCGGUUUAUGUCCCAACCAAUCAUCUUUACAUUGGUGAUAUAUUCUUGGUCAACUCGAAAGACAUUAUCAGACCAAACUUAUCUGUUCGCGAAGGAAUUGAAAUUGUGGUAUCCGGGGGAAUGUCGAUGCCACAAAAGCUAACGACGUUGGAUUCGGGCAUCAACAUGUAUGGACCUCAUAAUAGAAACUAAGAAGUUGUUUGGUAGAUGCCGAAUGAUUUGGUGCAUAACGGAUAAGGAAUAUGUAAAUAUAUUAUUAGGGUUAAGUUAUCCUCCUGUCACACUGCAUCCAGCCAUAGUUGUUAAGCUGCUGGUAUGGUAAAUUCUAUUUAUAUUUUAAUAAGAAAAAGCAAUGCAGUUAAGUCACAAUACAAACCCUUGUAUUAAUUCUUUAACUACUACAAAUGUAUCCUUUUUAACCAUU